UUAAUUCGUUACCACGCCUACCAAAAUGAAAGAAAAGUGAAUCACUUCUUGCUAAAACCACCAUAAUAGCAAUUUUUUUCGUUUUGUGUGAUAUAUACAAUGAUAGAGAAGGAAGUUUACCGAUAAGUUUUUACAAAAACCUUGUUUUUUAAACCGAACUGUAGAUUUUGUGUGUGACUAACUGCAAACUAAACCGCACCUCUUCUAUCGUUCGUCUGUUGACUGUGUACCGUGGACGAGUGUGUAGAAUCGUUAUGAAGACCGAGUGUUCUAUUUAAGAUAUUUUGGUAUAGCUCAAUACUUAUAACGAUGAAGUCCAAAAUAGGCUGUUAUUUUUUUCUAUUCGUAAUUUAUUAUUAUAGCAAUUGCUGUAACGCUAGAGAAGUACCAUCCCCUCCAUUAAUUGUUAAGCAGCCUCCCACAGACGAAGUCCUGUUCCAAGUUGAGCAGGGAGAAAACGACAAACCUUUUUAUAUCGAAUGCGAAGCAGAGGGAGAACCAGCUCCAAAAUAUUAUUGGAUCAAAAAUGGUAAAAAGUUCAAUUGGCAGGCAUAUGACGAUCGUAUAUCUCAACAGACUGGGCGAGGUACCCUUUCAAUCGCCAAACCUUCUGACGUAGAUAUUGGACAGUACCAAUGUUUCGCAGAAAAUCAGUACGGUAUUGCUACAUCAAACUCAGUAUUUAUGAGAAAAGCAGAAUUAAAUUCUUUUAAAAAUACUCCACCCAUUUCAUUAACUGGACGAGAAGGUGAACCCUUUAAUUUGACAUGUCAACCGCCAGAUGGAUGGCCCAAGCCUGUCGUACAUUGGAUUAUAAUGUAUACUAACGGAGGCUUCAAAACGAUCAACUCUUCUCGAAUGACCUUAGAUCCCGAGGGGAAUUUGUGGUUUUCCAACUUGACUAUGUCAGACAACACCGAUAAUUUUAUGUAUGCUUGCGCAGCUACUAGUCCAACGAAACACGAGUACAAAUACGGAAACAGAGUUUUAUUAAAUGUUGUUUCUGCUGGAGUUUCUGCUUCUCUGAAUCGAGUUCCCCCAAAACUACAGUAUGUCACUAGAAAAAACGAAGUUGGUUAUCGAGGCAAGAGAGUGGAGCUAUUCUGUAUAUUCGGCGGAACGCCUCUACCACAAACUGUUUGGUCCAAAGAUGGUAAAAUUCUGCGCUCUACAGACAGGGUAACACAGGGUAAUUAUGGGAAGUCUUUAAUAAUCAAAAUAGUUGAUUUCGACGAUGCGGGAACUUAUACUUGUGAAGUUAGUAAUGGGGUUGGCGAAUCUCAGUCAUACUCUAUCCAUCUGAAAGUUUACGCCGUUCCAUACUUUAUCGAAGAACCGAAAGUUAUUACAGCCGCUGAAGAUGAAACUGCUGAAUUUAAGUGUAUUGCCGGAGGUGUGCCUGAACCUGAAAUAAAGUGGAUUUUCAAUGGGCAGCCUAUUGAAAGGGCGCCUCCAAACGAUAGGCUCAAGAUACAACCAGGAAGACUUAUUAUCGAACGCCUUGUCAAGAACGACACGGGAAACUACGGCUGUAACGCUACCAACUCUCUGGGUUAUGUCUACAAAGACGUUUACGUUAACGUCCAGGCUUUAUCCCCUGAAAUAACGGAAGCGCCUAGAGACACGUACGCCGUGGAUAAUCAAAGUAUUAAUAUGACUUGUAAAGUAGUUGGAGCGCCGAGGCCCACCAUUAAAUGGAUUCACAAUGGGAAGGAAUUGACUGGAGGCAGGUUCAAAGUUCAGGAAAGCGGCGAUCUACUUAUUUCCGACGUCCAGUUCGACGACAGAGGCAAUUACACUUGUUACGCCGAGAAUAAGAUCGACAAAGCCAGUGCUAGCGCCAGGUUAUUUGUCAAAGCUCAUACAUACAUCACGGAUGGUCCGACGGACUAUGAAGUCGAGUCUGGAACAUCGGCAACCUUCAGAUGUAACGCUGCAACGGAUGAAUCGCUCGAACUAGAGAUAGUUUGGUUGAAAAACGGACAACCCAUCGAUUUCGAAGCAGAACCACGAUUUGUUAAAUCUUACGAUUAUUCAUUAACGAUAACGAAAACGAUCGAAUUAGAUUCGGGCACUUACACUUGUUUGGCAAGAACUGAACUGGACGAAGCUUCAGCGCAGGCCCAGUUAAUCGUUCAGGCAGUUCCAAAUGCUCCAGGUGAUAUACAGGUGGAAUGUCACAAAUUAGACGCUACGAUUCGCUGGUCACCUAAAGGAGACAACAGAGCCAGAAUAUUACAUUAUAUUAUUCAGUAUAACACUAGCUUUACUGCGGAUUCUUGGGAAAUAGCGUACGAUAAUGUUCCUGCAGUCGAUACAACUUACACAGUUCCUAUGAGUCCUUGGGCCAAUUAUACUUUCAGGGUAAUAGCUGUAAAUAAAAUCGGAAGAUCCUUACCGUCACCUCAUUCAGAAAUGUGCUCAACACCACCGGAAGUUCCACAUAAAAAUCCUGAUAACGUAGUUGGGGAAGGAGAUAGACCAGAUAAUCUUGUGAUAUCUUGGACUCCUAUGCCGCAGAUUGAACAUAACGCUCCCGGAUUUAAAUACAGGGUCUACUACAAAAGGGACAUCGCCGGAAAAGAUUACGAACCCCCUCAAGAGAUAACAAAUUGGCGUCAAAACAAACUCGAAAUUCCUAACCAGCCGUCUUUCCAGCAGUACAGAAUCAAAGUUUUAGCUGUGAAUGACGAAGGGGAAGCUAACGUUUCGCCACAAGACGUUAUUGGAUAUUCUGGAGAGAGUGAACCGGAGUUAGCACCUCAAAAUUUCAGUGUGCUCAACGUACAAAGUCCGACAAAUGCUCUUUUAAGUUGGAUUCCGGUUCCUUUGGAGUCAGUCAAAGGUCAUUUCAAGGGUUACAAAAUCCGGACAUGGAGUGACCAGUCGCCUAUUCGCAACGAGAUUCAGGUUCAAGGAGGCACAGCCAAGGCUCUCGUCAAUAAUUUCGUUCCGAACACCAAAAAUUACGCUCAAGUUUACGUUUACAAUGGAAAAUACAACGGCCCUCCAAGCGAAACUCUUAGUUUCCAUACUCCUGAAGGCGUUCCUGGUGAGAUGGAUUCAUUAGAAGCUCUGCCUUUGGGAUCUUCGGCGUUUUUGCUGAAAUGGGAGAAACCUGAGAGGCCUAACGGUAAUCUUACUGGUUAUAACAUUUACUACGCAGAAGUCGACAAUAAUAUGAAGGUGGGAAGGCCUAUUCCCAGAACACCCCACAUUGAAGAUCCCAAUAAACUUCGAGCUAAACUUGCCGGAUUAAAUGCCGAUACGAAGUACCGAAUCUACAUAAGCGCUAAAACGAGAGCUGGAGAGUCCAAAAUGUACUUUAUUGAAGCCAAUACAAAAGCAAGAGGUUCUCACAAACCCGGUCAGCCGAACUUUGACUGGGAACCUAUCCAAAACGGCAAAACUUCAUCUGUAAGGAUACAUUGGAAACCUAGCGAGGACGGAAAGCCCGGUUCACACUUCUACGUCAAAUACAAGAAGAGAGGAGAAACUCAGUAUCUACGUACUCCACCUGAGAAGAGUGAAGAUUAUCAGGAUGUUCCCGGUUUAGAAACAGGAGAGGCUUAUGAAUUCAUAGUAACUUCAGUGGAUGGGGACUUUGAAACAGACAGUGAGUCACAGGAAGUGUACGCUGACGACAUAAAAAUCACUCCUAAAGAUCCGGUAGCGACAGCAGGCUGGUUUAUUGGAAUGAUGCUGGCCAUCGUCUUCUUGCUGCUGGUUCUUAUUAUCGUCUGUAUUGUUAAAAGAAACCGUGGUGGAAAAUACGCAGUUCACGAACGAGAACAAGCCAACGGCCGGCACGAUUAUCCUGAUGAAGGCGGCUUCCACGAAUAUUCGCAACCGUUAGACAACAAAUCACAUGGAAGGGCAUCUAUGAGCAGCGAGCCGAAGAUUGGACCAGAGAGUGAUACAGAUUCUAUGGCUGAAUAUGGAGAUGGUGAUACAGGUCGAUUUACUGAAGAUGGUUCUUUCAUUGGUCAGUAUGUCCCAAGUAAUAUGAAACAAAUAGGAGCUGUUGGUGCACCUGGCACCCACAGCAACGCAAUGGCAACAUAUGUCUAGAGAAAUUAUUACAAACUAGCUUUCAGUGUGGUGUUUAUUCUAUUCUUCUAUUGAGUGAACUAUCUCUAAUUUAUUAUAUGAAUAGGUUCAGUUUAGUUGGCAUCACGGUAGCUUGAGAGAAAAUCUCAUUAUUUAUCAUAAUUGAAUUGCAGUAAAUUCGUCCUUUUGUUCUUUAAGUAGGUUGUAAUGUUUGCUAAUCAAAAUAUGAAUUUAAUAUAUGAUAUAGUAAUAUAUUUUGUUGUUCGUUGCAGUUUGAAAAUUGUAAUGAUUUUGUUGAUAACAUGCUGAUUUCACUGUAUGUUUAUUGUAUUAUAGUAUAAUAUUAAGUUUUCAUAAUUUCAGGGCUUAGAAUAAAACAAAUAACUGUUUUACAGAGAAUAUUCCACUUCCAUUUUGCCUCUACUGGUUUGUUUUGUUCUAAAUCCUACAGCGUUUUCUCAUAGAUGUAAAGAUAAUUUAAGUUUUUAUAUACCCUGCGCUGAUAUCGCUGUCAAAAAUCGUUUUGUAUUCAUUUUUGUAUUAUAUAUUUUUAUAUUGCGUUUCGCGACACUGCCUUAUGACUUAAAAGUUGCCAUAAAAUUUGGUAUCAUUUAUCUUCAUGUUUCUCCAUGACAAAUUUUAGGAUAAUUUUAUUUUUAAGUAUUAUUGUGAAGGUUCCAAGUAAAAUCUUCUUACAUACAUACAGAAAACGACUUCGUUUUAAAAAUUGACGUUUAUUUUCGAAUUUUUGACUUUUUUUUGAGUAAUGUACUUGUAACUUGAUCACAAAACUAUUUUUUGCACCACAUUUUUUAAAAAGACUUAUCUAAAUUCAAUAUAGUCAAUAAAGCGAUCAAAAGAAGCCAUUGAAUUAAAGACAACUAAGCAACUAAUACUAUAAAUUUAUAAAAUAUACGUAAGAAUUUAUUUUCAAGAUAUUAUCCUAAAUUUAUCCUAUGUCAAUUUCAAAUAAAUAAGCUUUCUGUCAAACAGGGGGAGGUGCUAUUUAUAUGGUUAUAUCUUUGUUGCGUAUUGUUGCUUGUUAAAAUCUUACCACAUUUUCAAACAAAAAAUAAAAUAAUCACGUUGGACAGAUAGAUUUUGAUUUUUCAGAAUACAAAAAUUCAUCUGUGAUUUAAAAUUUUCUUUUCCUUGGAAGCAGGGUGUUUGAUCUUUAACCAAUGAUACUCUAUAGUUUAUAAGAAUUGUAUUUAAAAUGACGGUGUUUCAGGGGCUUCUUUGCUUGAAUAAGAGGUCAUUGACAUUAAUAUUCGGUUAUUUGAUAUUUGAGCUUUAUAAUAUUAUUAUAUUAGGAACAUUGGCUUUUGUACAUGUAAUUUACAUUAAAAGAAUGGCGUUUUUUGGUAUGUGAGCACUUUUUUUAAUAAGAUUUUGAGGAGAGCUGCACUGCUGGGUAAUAGAUAAGAUCUUUCAAUGAAAUAUAUUUAAUCGUCUAAAUAUUACAAAUAAAAAUGCUUUACUACUUCUACUUCAGAUGGACUUAUAAUAUUUUUUUAUUGUCGUGUACAAAUAAUCUAUUUGCAUACACGUUAGUAAUUCAUUAUAAUUGUUGUAUAGGAUAUUUCUGGCAUUUUUGUGUUUAUUUUCUUAGAUUAAAACCGAUUGCUAUGUAUUUUCUUAGCAAUAGAUUUUUAUUAAAUAAAGGGCUGACUAAACCCACAUAUUUUUGUUAUCUAUAUUUACUUUUGUAACAGAUGGUUUAGUUUUAGAAUUUGUUUAUAAUAAAAUACUGUUUUCGUCUCAUUUUUGCACUAAUAAAAUUUAAAAGUGUACAUACAGUGUGUAUUUUUUCCUCAUUUUGGUAUUCUUAUACAUUAAAUUUAUUGAUCAAGGUUUCAAGUUGUUGCUGAGAAUACCUAUCUAUAAUUUUAAAUUUAAUUAUUAAGUUUUUAAGUAGUAUCUCGUUAAUGAUUAUUAAUUUGCUGUUUUAUAAUAUAAAUGUGUUUAAUUCUAUAACAGAAUUUGAAUUUUCUAUGUAAUGGCGAAUGCGCCUGGCAAAUAUAAUGCGCCUGGUAAAUAAAUUUGUUCUGGUGGUCAUGAACUUAUUAAAUUAUUCGGGGAAAUGAAAUGGGAAUUAAAACUAAAUAUAAUUAUUGUAUUUUUGAAUCAUUUAUCAUACGAACAUAUCUUGCAAAUAUAUUAUGUAGACAUAGGACAUAAGGAUGUACUUAGACAUACCUAUGUCUAGAUUCUAAUAAUAUAUCUGUAAUACAUUUCGAAAUAAAAAAAUAAAUAAACAUGUAGUAUAAAAUACCUUAUAUUAUUAUGUUUUAAAUUUACUUAUCUAAUUUUUUUUGAGGAAAUAAAUACUUCCAAUUUUUAUAAUAAAACAAGGGAUUGCAAUCGCUCAAUGAGGAACUCCUCAGUUUAAAAUUACUAAAAGCUAAAUACUAAAGUCAAUUAGUCCUACCUAAAAUAAUAAUUUAACUAAUAUUUUAAAAUAACUUAAUACUUAUAAAGUAACACGUUCGUAAUACUUUAUAUUAGACAGUUUAAUAAAGCCAUGGUAAUGCGUCAGAAAUUUAAAAAAAAAUAAAACGAUAAUAUAACUAAGUCAACAUUUUGAUCGCUUAUGAAAAAUCUACUUAGACCUAACCAUGACAUUGGCCAUCUGUCUCGCAAAAUAUCUAUAUCUCUGCACA